CCCUCGGCCAUCCGCCCGUUCGCCUGCGAGCUGUGCACCAAGGCGUUUUUCCGGCGACAGGAUCUGCGGCGGCAUAUGGUCACCCACAGCGACCUGCCCAAGGCCUUUGCCUGCUCCCUGUGCCAUUCCCGGUUCACCCGCAGCGACGCUCUCUUCCGGCAC